AUGAGGGUCACGUGACGUCGUCCGUAAUGGUUGUCCGUCUGUAUGUGUGAGUCGACACGAUUGUCACUGAACAAUACCUUUUACAAGAGUUAUUCACAAGUGACAAGUUAAUGCCAAGAUGUUUGGUGCAAAACCAAUAACAUUUGGUUUCCCUGCCAAUACAAAUGUUGGGACAGCUACACCAUUUGGAGCUAGUACCGGCAAUAACAGCUUUGGUACAAAACCAGCAGGCACAGCUACAUUUGGUACGCCCAAUGCCGGAGGUGUAUUUGGGACACAACCCACUGCUGCCCCAGCAGGAGGAAUGUUUGGUCAGCCCAGCGCCAGUACCGGUGGACUGUUCGGGAAUCAGCCAGCAGCAGGAAGCUUUGGACAGCCACAAACUGGAGGAUUUAAUACAUUUGGAAGUACCCCUGCAGCUGGCAGUACCAGUGGGGGAAGUCUAUUUGGACAACAACAGCCACAGCCAAGUACAGGGGGAGGACUCUUCUCCACCCCAGCUACUGGUAAUGCAUUUGGCUCCAAGACUCCAGGGUUUGGAGGGUUUGGAGCUACCUCUACCCCAGGGGCAGGGACUAGUCUGUUUGGUCAGCAGCAACCCAACAACACCUCAUUGUUUGGACAGACAGCUGCUGGAUCCAGUGGGUUUGGUCAACAGCAACAACAACAGAGUGCUCAAGUUGGCACAGCUCUCAAAUUCAGUGCCCCCGUCAGCCAGGACACCAUGGUAAAAAACGGAGUGAGCACGCACAUCCAAACCCGUCACCAGUGUAUAACUGCCAUGAAGGAGUACGCCAACAAAAGUCUUGAGGAAUUAAGGGCUGAGGAUUACUUAGCUGGGAGGAAAGGCAAACAAACAGCAUUUUUUGGAGCUACCCCAGCCAGUUCAAGUGGCUUCAGUUUCAACAAACCACAGGCAACAGGUUUUGCCGCUUCUGCAGCACCCUUUGGAACGACCCCAGCGACACAGUCUUCUCUGUUCAAUCAGCCACAGAACAAUACAGCUACAGCCAGCCCAUUUGGUCAGAACAAGUCCAUCUUUGGUGCCUCCGCUGGAACAGCCACCAGUACAGCAGGGUUUGGUACAGGCUUUGGAAACACAGCUGGAACGUCUCUGUUUGGGAACAACCAGCCUAAGCCGGGUGGAUUUGGGGCAACUGCUGUGACCUCGACCCAGCCCUCCCUAUUUGGGAGCACAACCUAUGGCGCACAGACAUCAGGAGGGUUCGGAACCACCGGUGGAUUUGGAACAGCUGCUCCUGGAGGUGGAUUGUUUGGUGCCAAACCUAAGCCUCUGUUUGGUACGGCUGCAACAUCAGCGCCAACAGGAUUUGGCGUGACACAAUCAUCUAAUCUGUUUGCCAAACCAGCAAACAGCACAGGAACUGGCCUUUUCGGAAACACGACUACGCCUACAUUUGGAGCUAGCACUGGUUUUGGAGGGUUUGGUAAUGCUACAUUUGGCAACACUGGUAACAGUCUGUUUGGAAACAAGUCAAUAGGAUUUGGUGCAACCAACACCCCAAGUCUGGCCCUUAACACGAAUACAUUCAACAACAACACCCUCAGCAAGCCUGCAUUUGGAGGCUUUGGAGGUUCGGCUGCACCAGCUUUUCCAGGGCUUUCAGCGAACACACAGUUGAAUCUUGGGAGUACUACCUUAAGCACGGCUCCCAGUGCUGUUGCUAAUUCAGCCAAUCAGCUGCAGAUACAGCAACAGUUGUUGAACCUGGUUAACUCCCCUUACGGAGACUCUCCACUCUUCAUGAACCUGAAACAGAGUGAAAUCAAGCGAGAAGAACUUCUUAAGCCCACCAAUCCAGCAGCUCAGAAAGCAGCUCUUAGCAACCAGUUCAAGGUCAGCCCACGACCUACAGCCAGAGUGAAACCCAAGUCUCUUCACAGUGUGCUGAAUGGGUCAAAGUCCCAGAUGUUUGAAGGCCUAGAGGAUGAAGGAUUCAGCUUUGGUAAUGAGACAUUUCAGCCCAAAAAGAGCAUCAAAAAGUUGGUGAUAAAGAAGGGAGGAUCUGACUCCUCCUCGCCUGGCAGUCGGUCAUCCUCGGUGAUGGGGGAGCCUAGUCAACAUUUGUCUGCACUGGAGACUGACGGCCCAGACACCUCCAAUACCAGUCUGAACAUGCCCCCGGAGCCAGUUUUACAGAUGCCAGGGAUGACUACUCCAGUUCAGAAACCCGGUUACCAGAGUAUGGAUGAUACCAUAGCCAUGCUAAAUGUACCUAAAGUCCCAAACCGCAUCACGUCACGAUCGCCAGAUGAGACAGACCUUGACAUGUCCCAGGCUGAGGACAGUAUGGAGCGGAGACCGACCACACCUCCCCCUCCUCACGCUGCUGACAUUACUCUGACACGGCCCGGCUACUACACCAUCCCUAGUAUGGAGGAACUCGGAGACAUGGUAGAUGAACAGGGAGAAUGCUUCGUGGAUGGCUUCACGAUCGGCCGUGAGAGAUACGGCAGCAUCUUUUUCCCAGGAGUCUUCAGUGUGGCUGGACUCAACUUGGAUGAAAUUGUACACAUCCGUAGAAAGGAGGUCGUAGUGUAUCCCGACGAUGAGAAUAAACCAACAGUUGGCGAUGGUCUGAACAGGAAGGCCGAGAUCACACUGGACUGUGUUUGGCCCAUCGACAAGAGUGAUCGCACUCAUAUUAAGAGUCCUGAGCGACUGGCUACAAUGAAUUAUCAGGAGAAAAUAGAAGAAAUCACUCAUCGAAUCGGUGGUCGGUUUAUAGAUUACCGACCAGAGACUGGAUCAUGGGUGUUUGAGGUGAAGCACUUCACCAAAUAUGGCAUGGACGAAAGUGAUGAUGAGGAUUUGUCAAACUUAGCACAGAAACAGCAGAAACCUGGACAACCGAAGCCUCAGAACCUAGGGCAGGGACAGCCCUAUAUUCCUCAGCAGACUGUCAACGGCAAAGCCCCACCCCCCAAGUUCUCUUUGGAGAUGUCACAGUCGACAAUGGACGACCGUCCUAUCCCAAUGGGGGAUGAUGAUGACGUACCAGAACUCUCCCAUGAUGACAUACCAGAGGAAUUUCUCGAUGAUAUGGAUGAUGACGACCUAAAUGGCCAGGAGGAGGGACCAGCCUCCCACAGACUAGCGGCCAGUAUGGGAGUGAGUGCCCACAGCAUGCAGAUGAUGAAGGCGUCCUUCUUUGGGGAUGAGGAGCAGCAUCAGGCAGGAGAUGAUGACGACCUAAAUGGCCAGGAGGAGGGACCAGCCUCCCACAGACUAGCGGCCAGUAUGGGAGUUAGUGCCCACAGCAUGCAGAUGAUGAAGGCGUCCUUCUUUGGGGAUGAGGAGCAGCAUCAGGCAGGAGAUGGAGAUAUGGCGGCGGAGAAACGCCGUGAGACGACCGACAAACAUGGUCCUAGUCUUUUCAGCUCUGCCUACAAAUCCAAGUGUAUGUCUCCCGUGAAGCUGUCACAGAUGCCACAGACCACUGACUUUAGGGAACAGCAAGGAAUGUUUCCCCCUCGUAUCCACACACCUGAGCCGAUACGCCCAGCCAAGAAGAAUUUCCAGUAUCCUCCUGUCGCUGAACACAUGACCCUGGCCAGUGGGAUGAGGCCGGAGGACUUCCCACAGAAGAUUGUGGGCUCUCGUGUCAUGAGAGAAAUUCCAGAGUAUUCCAAAUCAGAAAUGUAUGGAAAGCAGAGUCUGAAUAAGGAUGCUGCUCUGUUUAUGGGGCGGUCGUUCCGUGUGGGCUGGGGACCACACUGGACUCUCGCUCACUGUGGAACGCCAAUCACCAAGGAUAUCACAGAAGAGAAGGACGUAGUUGGGUUUUCACUGCUGUCUGGUGGGAGGACACGACCUGCUGUGGACAGUACUUACGAAUGGAAGGUCACUGUAGAGAAGGUGGAUGUGGCUGGGUACUUCAGGCAAGAGGACACAACUGUAGUGCACAACCAUGAGGAGCUCCUGAUGAUCCAGCUUGACCACUCGGAGAAGGCACGGACGGAUUCCUGUCCUCACUUUGUCCCCAGUCCAGGGGUGGAGGCCCUGCAUCAGUAUGCUGACAGGGCCAAACUCGACAAACAAGACACUGAGGGACACCCCGAUUUUGACUCGCUGAGUCACAUGACCACAGUGUUUGACUUGUGUGUAUCAUUAUGGGGAAGGUUGCCCGCAUUCCCAGACCUAGAUAAUAUCGAGGACUCGUACGACUACCAUCAUGACAGAAGGGAGGCACUGUCACACUGGCUCAUGGAAACAUCAAAAGAGAGUAUCAAAAAGGAGAUCAGUGACGCCAAGUACAAAAAUAAGAACCACCUGCCUGCCGUGUUGGCCCACCUGAGUGGUAACCAGAUAUCGGAGGCGUGUUCCCUUGCCCAGGUGUCAUCUGACCAUCGCCUCGCCCUGAUACUCGCCCAGGCUGCUGGCAGCCAUCUUCCCAGACAGCUAGUGGAGGGCAUGCUGAACGAGUGGAUGGAGCUAGAGGCCUGUAGUUACCUGGACCCAGUGCGGGAAAAGAUUUACUCCCUAAUGGCCGGCCGACUGGUCUGGCCUACCCCAGAGUCCACUGUCAACACGUGUGAAUACAUGGACUGGAAACGAGCACUGGCUUUACAUCUUUGGUUCCUGUGCCCUCCCAGCUCCCCAAUCCAACAAGCCCUAGAUGAGUACGACAAUGGCUUCCAGGGGGCGACCACUUAUGGUCGUUAUUGUAACCCACCUCUGCCACCUUACCUAGAGAUGACCUCUGACCUAUCAACCAUGGGGACAGAUCAGGACUCGGCAAUCCAGGACACAUCUUAUCACCUGUUGAAACUGUACUGUCAGCGGUCACACAACCUACAGCCGCUUCUCAACCCCUCCUCAUCAACAUCAAGUCACCUUGACUACAGGCUCAGCUGGCAUCUACACCAAACCCUGGAUGCACUUGGAUACAGACACCUGUCCUCCUACCAUAGAAACGCCAUACACAUGAACUUUGCCUCCCAACUUGAGUCCCUCGGCCUCUGGGAGUGGGCUGUUUUUGCUGUACUUCACUUAGAACAGCAAGCAUACCGAGAAUCAGCUGUGAGAGAGUUGUUACUCAGACAUGUCAGCCUGUCCAAAGACCAUUUCUACUUGGAAAAGGAACAGUUCCUGAGGGAAAAACUAGAUGUCCCAGCAGAGUGGAUUCACUUUGCAAAGGAUCUUGAGGAUAACCAGACGGGAGCAUGUGGCACGCUGCGGACUAAUAGGAUAGGAGUUCCUAAUGCGGUGAAGACCGCCAAACCCAAAAAAGGUGACCUCCCAGUUGUUGUGAGACAGGGUAACAAACUUUACAUAUGUUGGCAUGAUAAGAGACAGGUGAACAUGCUGACAACUGUCCACAAUGGCAGUACAUACACCAAGACAGUGAGAUCUAAGUUUCAUGACGGCCAUGUACGCGAAGUUGACCACCCCAGAGCGAUACAACUUUACACACAACAUAUGGGUGGUGUAGAUGUUGCAGAUCAACAAACACAAUAUUGUGUAUCUCAACACAGAAUGCUAAAAUGGUGGAAGAAGUUAGUCAUCUGUAAUCUGCUUGAAGUGACUUUCUGUAACAGCAAAAUUAUCUGGAAAUCUCUCAAUGGAGGGAAAAAAGUGUCCUCAAUGAAGUUUCGGUUAGCUGUCAUUCACGGUCUGCUUGAAGGCUAUGAACCUACAAACAAGAGAUUUGCUAGGCCAGUGAACAACCCCCCUUCUAGGCUUACAGAGAAACACUUCCCAUCCAUGAAUCCCCACAUGACAGCAGGUGGACGUAGGUCAACUCCAGACUGUGCUGUUUGCUCUGACCGCGAGCAGAAAAAGCGACAUCAAACCCAGUUCAUAUGUCUUCAGUGUGACACUCCCUUGUGUGUGUACCCAUGCUUUAUGAGUCACAGAGUAGUAUUAAAACACAUCGCAGCCGACGCUAUCAUCAGUGGUAAGUUACUGAAGUCUGGACACUGUAAUGACAGUCACAGAGUAGUAUUAAAACACGUCGCGGGCGACGCUAUCAUCAAUGGUAAGUUACUAAAGUCUGGAUACUGGAAUGACAGUCACAGAGUAGUAUUAAAACACAUCGCAGCCGACGCUAUCAUCAAUGGUAAGUUACUAAAGUCUGGACACUGGAAUGACAGUCACAGGGUAGUAUUAAAACACGUCGCGGCCGACGCUAUCAUCAAUGAAAACCACGAUUAUCUCAGAAAGUUUCUGGCAGAGUUAUCUCCUCCUACACGAUGCAACAAAGUUGUUGAUUGGUCAAGGGGCGGUCAUGUGUUUAUGGAUUAUAUUAAUCUGUGUCAGGAGCUGGAGAAUCUGAAGAAGGAUCUGCAAAAGGAUGAGCAUCGCUCCAAUGUACAUCUGGAGGGCCUACAUUCUGACGUGAUGUCGCUGUGUAGCCGAGUGGGCAGUCUAGUGUGUAAUAACUCUAAAGACAGGUUGUGUCAGUCUGAGAUGUCUAAGAAAUGUGCUUAUCUCCUGCGGACACUGUUGACCUUACAAGGUCAGGUUGGGGAUCAUCUACCUUCAAGGUUAUUGGCACCCCAUAUCAGUAGACUACCCAUGCCAGAAGAUUACUGUCUACAGGAACUUCGAGAACUUGUCAGGAGUCACAUUAUAGAAACAACAAUUACUUGAUAGAUUUUUAAAACUUUUUUUUUUUUUAAAUAAUGUUUUUCAGAUGUUUUCAAAAAUAAGUGAUGUUUUCCGAGGACUUGGAUCAAGUUGGUGAUCGUAUGAGUUUGAACAACCACAGUGGUAUUUACAAAUUACGGAAAUUUGAACCUGGAGCAAUGUGUGCGAUGAAAUAUAGUUGAAAGGUCCAAAAUUUUAUCCAUUGAAUUGGAUGAAUGACUGAUUGGAGUUUUGGUGAAGCUUUGUGUAAGCCACAUGGUUCUGAACCUGGUAUCUAAAUGGACAAUCAACUUUUCAUUUGUCAACACUUUGUAUUGAAAAAUCGACUUCAAACAAAGUAUAAUGCAUACAAUGGCAUUUGACAAUUAUGGGCAAAGGAUAGCCUCGAGAAUAUAAUAUAGCAAAGCAUGAGGAUGAAGUUGGAGGGCAGUUACUGGUUAAAGAAGUCUUCAUUUCAACUUCUGAACCAGAAAUCUAAUGGAGAGUAAACUGUUUAUGAUACUUUAUGUGUAACUUAUCAACUUUCAGUAAGCUACUUCAAGAAUGAGCGAGUUCCAGGAAGAAAUGAGUGCUGGAAAAUUUAAUCAUGUUAUGGUAUGAAUGGUUUUGUACUGAUGACGUAUGAUCUGUCUGUACUUACUAGUACUAGAAUAUCAUACAAAAAUACAUAAUUGUAAAUGUUAAUUGAAAAUGUAAACUUCAAGUUUAAUUUGUAACGACGUGAGCAGAAUUUAUCACAAAAACAAAACGGUUUUUUGACAUUCAGCAUUAGAUAACAGAAUAUCAAACCUAUUCAUACAUUUCUAUGAUGGAGAAUAAUCCCAAAUCUACUUCGGGCAACAAUCUGGUGGUAGUUAUGUUUAUAUUGUGGUGCCAUAUUGUAACUUGGAUCUCAACUAUUUGACUUAAAGUUUCAUGUUGUCAUUUUAGCCAGACUAGAACAGUUAAAUGGAUAAAUUGGUCUGGUAUAGAGUGAGUGAAUGUGUGUACAUGUAGUUAUGUUUUAUGUCCAGGGUCAAAUUGCCCAUAGCAUCGAAAUUUUAUUGAUUUGUGAGCUCAAAAAUACCUCUUUUUUUCCAUACAUGUAAUAUAUAUAUAUAUAUAGGUAUGAAUCACUUUAGUGAAAAGGGAUAACCCUGGUAAAGGUUUCAUUAUUGUGAUAAUUCAUAGAAAUUCCAAUGUAUGCAAUUUUUGUCAUUAGUUUACAUGAAUAUGUCAUUAAACAAGAACCCUGCUUCUGACAACUGCAGCCUGUUACUGUAAGGGAAAACACCAGUAGAACUACCAUAAGUAAUGAAUAUGCCUAUUAAAUAUUCAUGUCAAAAAACAGCAUUUCACACCAAAGGUUACGGUCUACAGAACUAUAUAUAGAGAAAUCUCAUUGUUCUAGCACCUUCAAUUGUCAUCAGAUUUCUAGGAAACUUCAUACAAUCACUUAAGUUCCUCGGUACCAUUUUACACAAAAGGGCAAAGUCACCUAUAUAUAUAUAAAAAAAAUCUUCUUUACCUCUCUUUUGUAUCAUUUGUAGUUAGAUGUCCGUGGAAAUUAUCAUACAUGUCUUACGAUGUUCUCACAUGUUUAUUAUAAUUAUGACAACAGUGUAUUUACAAACCAUGAUAAUUAUUUCCAUUUCCUAUCUCAUAAGAAUUACAGAGAUAAUUUAGAAUCACUUGUCGACUAGAGUGUCAUUGUAUUAUGCAUGUAUGGUAUGCUGGCUGUGCCCGAGUGUAUAGACUUAGAACUGACUAGCAAUAAUAAUGAUGUAGUGCCCUGUAACAUGUAUAAACUACUCUAGACACCUCCCAGUACAUAGUAUUCUACUAUCAGUAUGAAAUACUGUACUACCGGCAUGUACAAGGUUAUUAUAUUGUGAGUACAUUAUAUAUACAAGGUGAUGAGGCUUUGAAUAAGGAUUUAUGGACACCAGUUCUAGAUUUGUUUAUUCACAUCAAAGAAUAAAAAGCAACUUAUUUAAAGAGACUACAAGAAAUGAUAUAUGUAAUUGUCUGUUUAUAUUGGUGGUCUUAAUAAUUCGCUUUCUCAGUUACAAUGGUAAAGCCAUUAUUGUACAAAAUAACAACUAUUAAUGGAAAUUUGUCUUGAUUUAAUGAUGAUAUAAUUUACAAUCAUUUGAAAAAUAUCAUUUGUUUGCAAAUUUUAAUUCAAAUAAACAAGCAAGCAAAUGAAUAUUAACUGUAACUCUUCAUCAAGGGGACAUAACUUGUUACUGACAAAGUAUAAUGGUCCCAGUGUCACAGCAUCAUUCUAAAAUUGGACAGCAUAUGUACUAAGUAUAAUGAAAGGAAGUGUGAUCCAUUGUAUUAAACCUGUAACAUAUGAACUGGUACAUAUUGCCAUCCCAUUAACUACAGUCCAGACUCCAGAUUUAUCAUGACAAGGUUGUUAAGUAUGUUUUAUUGUUAUCCGCACAUCAAUAUAGACAUACUUUCUUUGCAAGAUAGACAUUUUUUUGAGGUUUCAUACUGUAGUAUCAUAUUUCAUCUACCCAUAGAUUUUUUUUGUCAAGAUAUUUUCAUACAUUGCUUAAGUUUGAUAUUUUUAUUGUCCAACUAAGUUUCCAUCGAUAACUUAUACUGUCAAGGAAAAAUGACACAGUAAUUAUAGUAUGUAUUGUGUAAGACUUGUGUACAGAUAUCGUAAUGUCUAUAACAAUAAAAAGGUUCACAUCAUCAAAAA